AUGUCCUCUACGUUUGGAGAAACCACCAAGAAUAUCUACUCGACGCUACUGACCGAGUGCCACUUGGAGGGCCUCAAGCAGGAACUUUACUUGCGCGAACGGAUUGUGAUCUUCGUGCAGCGUACGGAACUGUGGAACCGAAUCAAACAGUACUGUUUAGAAUUUCACGAGCGUUUCGUGGAAAGUGGGUGCAAUCCGGAUUUACUGCUGGGGCCACUUAUUGUUACGCUGAACAUCGGUUACGAGGCACUGAAGAAGUUUGACACCGGCCUAUUGGACGAUUUCGUACGGGAACCGAUCUACUACGAGAAAGCCUUCCGGGAGGUGAUUCUCAGCAUUGCGAAUUCAUUUUUUGAACAGUUGGAGCGUUCGUUCAGAAUUCGAUUGGAGCAGAUUCAUUGCCGACUGAGAACCAAGCUGCCGCUGGAGGAACCAUACCUCUUCCGAACGCAACCGAAUAACGUAUCGAUUGGACUGACUGCGUUUCGGUGCGUUGUGCAGGGCUACAGCUCGAUACAGAAGUACAUUCUCCAAUCCGUUUGGUUGUGCACGGCCGAUCCCCUCCGCAUCGCCAUCGCCGGAGAAAUCAAGCGCGCUCCCAAGUGCGAAGACUGCGGUAAUCUCUUGCAGGAGCACCAACGGAUCCGUGCUGUGUCCGACUUUUGCACCGUUCGAGUGUUCGUCACUGAUAGCCUUAGAACCCGGACAACCGUCGGGCGCAUCUACCAGAGUGUUCUGGUACGGCUAGCCGACGAUUUGUGCGAACCGCUGAAGCUGGGAUACGAGUACGUGAUUACUGGAGUGUUCAACCCGUUGAAUCAGUUCUUCGACGCGUGGGCUUUCGAGGAAUUGUAG